AUGAUGCGUGAUGAAUUCAGAAGGCCUAAAAAUUGGGCUUUUCUUCCAGAUUUACUUCUGGAAGAAAUUUUCUCACAAUUACCAAUUAAAAAUUUGGGACGUUGCUCUCAGGUGAAUAUUUUUGCAUUUUUUAUUAUUAUAUCUUUUGAAAAAAACCUAAAAAGUAUGUUUUUUUGGGUAUGUUUAAAUUGGUAUCGUAUAAGUCAAAAUGAUUAUGUCUGGCAUAGAUUUCAAUAUAAGGAUUAUAUAUUUACAAGACGAAAGUAUACAUCACACGGUGGUUGGCAAUAUAUGAUUGACCACUGGAAAUUAAGAUUUUUGAUUCUGAAUGCAACAAUGAAAUGGAAAAAGCUUGAAAUUGAGCCCGUAACGAUACUUUUUAAUUUGUAUGAAUUUAUUCGAGUUUUGACAAAUUUUUCUGAAUAUUACGAGAGAAACUUGUCUGGUAAACCAUUACAAGGAAUACGCUCGUUUUCAUUCAAAUGGCAACUUCACGUUCAUGAAGGAAGCGAUCAUCGGAGCGAAAGAGUUUUUGGCACCGGUGGUGAAAUGUUAAAAACAUUAUCCAUGUUAUUAUCACAUUUGCAUGGAUUAACUGAAUUAACACUUCGAGAACUGCAAUUAGAACCACAUGAAUGUGCAAAUUUCAUUGAUGAUAUUUUGUACAAAUUUGAUUCUCAAAUGACAUCUUUAUGUAUUGUUAAUUUAACCAAAGUAUCAAAAGCGUUUUUGCAACUUGGCUUGUUUCUUUGCCUCGUACGUCUGACAGUAUCCCCACAACAUCUCGAUGAAUCUGUCAUCCAACUUCUAGCUGAUUUGAAGUAUCUUAAAUCACUAAUUAUAUUUCAAAAUGAGAAAACUUUUGAUGCUAGAGCAGUCAAUUCAAAAGCUUGGAUUUCAUUUCAAGAGCGUAAUAAUUACACAAAAAUCUAUUUGAUUCAAGCAGCAUUACUAACUCCAGGAAAACGACAAAAUACUUUAUUAAUUCAGCCUAAAGCACCAGUCUAUGCUAUUAUAUUCGAAAAUUCCACUGGACAAUUAACGAGUGGAUUACUGGAAGAAGUUAUUUGUUCUAAUUAUUCUACAACAUUAUGCUACUUUCUACAAAAAGGUCUUGAACGUCGUUAUCGAUCUCGAAAAUUCGCAAAACGAGUUGAUAUACUUGUAUUAGAGCUUGCGCGACGUUGUUCUAACUUAAAAUUAUUGGCAAUACGAGAAAGAAUGUCUUUUGCAAGUGUAUUAUUACUAGCACAAAUUGCUCAAACUCGUCAGAUGGCGAUUUGUUUAAGGCGUAAUGCACUGCUGAAAAGGAUAAAUUGGACUAACGAUAAAAUAAGAAACAUCUUGGGAUUUGAAUGUGAUCAAAAAUGGAUUAAAAGGCAUUGUAGAAGUCUCGAAAUACUCGAAAAAACAGUUCAAGACAUAACUGGUACGACGGCUUCAAUUGUUACCGAUAACCGAUACUUACAUAGUUUUUAA